AUGUUUAUCCUUCUGCGCAGUCUCUUGGUGGCUCUGAAUUUUAUAUCAUUUAUUCCACAGGUCGGUCGGAUGUAUCGGACAAAGAGCACCAAAAACAUCUCUUUCAUCCUAGUAUCCUUCAACGUCUUCAGUGCAAUGGAACAGGCGAAUGUCUGUAAAUUCAUUUCCAUGAAGCUGGGACAACCACCGACCUUGCAUACCCAGGGUUCGGCAGUCUGGAUGGAGUUGUUUCAAGUGACGGCAGUCUGGAUGGUCUUAUCUACGAUCCUGUGGCUUAUAACGUUAUACUACUAUGAUGGAUCGCCCAAGAGCAAAAUGCUGAGUGCAUUCGUCUUUCUACUCAGCCAAGUUCAAGGAACCCCUUUCCUAAAUGCUCUCCCUCAUCGUGGUACGGUCGAGAUAUUGACAUCCAUUCCCCACAUCGUGUUGUUCCUCAACCCGGCAAUCACCGGCUUGGCCUACCAUGCGUUCAUUCACGAGCGCAUCCUGCCUGCAAGCCCGUAUUCUUCAUCAGUUUUGAGCCUUGUGGGGCUUGCUGGGCAGUCUGUGAUGCAUCUCAUCCUGGCUCUUAAAUGGAUCACUGAGGCUCCCAUCCCGUGGGCUAGAGUGAUAUCUGGCUCCGUCCCUUUGCCUAGCUUGUGGUUCUUUUACAACUUCUUUGGCUGGGGCUUCGUGGAGAAUCUUGUCCUUGCACUGAUACAUGGAACUCUAUUCCGGAUGGCACGAAAGGAAAGAAAUGAAUCGACUACCAUUAAUGAUCAGGAGAAGGGUGGAGGCGAACCUCUGCUUGGCCUAGCCUGA